AUAUCCCCCCCCCCCCCCCCCCAACCAAAAGCGAAGGAUAAGCUGGAGACAAGCAGAAGAGUAGCGCCAUCGCAAUUGCCGCUGGUUUUCUCGCCAACGGCGUCGGAAAUUGAGGGAUUUGUGAGGGGAGACUCGUAGGUCGCAAGCAGAUCUGGGCGUCGGCUAGAUCACUCUUUUCAAAAUCGAGAUCAGCGUGUGAAAAGACUAGCUUUGGCGAAAGAGGUCGCCGUGAUCAGGCAACACCUUACUAAAAGGAUAUAAAGAAGCACACAUACAAGUUAGCAGAUAGUCUACGGGAAGGGAAGAAAUGGCACCUAGCAUCAGAAAGGCUCUGGGAACAAUGAAGGACCAGACUAGCAUUGGCCUGGCCAAGGUUUCAAGCAACAUGGCUCCUGAACUUGAUGUGGCUAUUGUCAAGGCAACCAGUCAUGACGAUGAACCUUCUAAUGAGAAGUACCUAUAUGAGAUUCUGAACCUUACAUCCCACUCUAGGGGUUAUGUUAGUGCUUGCAUGGUUAGUGUUUCAAGGAGGCUCAGUAAAACCCAUGACUGGGUCGUGGCUCUCAAAGCCCUGAUUCUUGUUCAUCGUCUUAUGGUCGAUGGGGAUCCUGCAUUCCAACAUGAGAUUCUUUAUGCCACCAGGAGAGGAACCCGUCUCUUAAACAUGUCUGAUUUCCGCGAUGAGGCGCAUUCCAAUUCCUGGGAUCACUCUGCUUUUGUUCGCACUUAUGCACUCUAUUUGGAUCAGCGGUUAGAGUGCAUAAUGUAUGAAAGGAAACAAGGUGGUGGUAGCAAACACUCAAAUGAAUCUAGAACCAACCGCUGGAAAUCCCCUCAACGAAAUGGAUCUGAUUUUGGUGACCAUGAUCCUUAUGCACAUGGGAAUUAUGGAAGGUCCUCUUAUUCAUCCCCUCAAAGUAAUGGCAGAGAUGGGUAUUAUGAAGAACGCCAGAAUGGGGAAGAGAAGAAGCCACUGACACCACUGAAUGACAUGAAGCUAGAGAGGGUGUUUGGCAGGAUGCACCAUUUGCAACAGCUACUUGAGCGCUUCCUUGCUUGUCGUCCCACGGGCAAUGCAAAACAUUGUAGGAUGAUUCUCAUUGCUCUUUACCCUCUUGUCCGAGAGAGCUUUCAGCUUUACGCGGAUAUAUGUGAGAUACUAGCUGUUCUUCUAAACCGCUUCUUUGACAUGGAGUAUCCUGACUGUGUCAAAUCAUUUGAGGCAUAUGCUAGUGCUGCAAAGCAGAUUGAUGAGCUGUGUGCUUUCUAUGCUUGGUGCAAGGAUACAGGAGUGGCAAGGUCUUCUGAGUACCCAGAGGUGCAACGCAUUACUGACAAGCUUCUGGAGACACUCGAGGAGUUUAUGAGGGAUAGAGGGAGGAGCACAAAGAGCCCUCUAAAAGAGACAAUCCCUGCACCUGCAGAGGACAAAGAACCAGAGCAGGAUAUGAACAGCAUCAAAGCUCUUCCUGCACCUUCUGACUACAAGGAAGAAGAGCCAGAGCCAGCAAAGGUGACAGUGGAACCAAUCAAGCAGCAACCACCGGAACCCCAACCUGACCUGGUGGAUCUUAGAGAGGAUGGCUUGACUGUCAACGACCACUCUAAUAGGCUUGCAUUAACCCUUUUCCAGGGGCCGGCAGCAGCCAGUGGUGUAAAUGGUUCAUGGGAACCAUUCCCUUCAUCUAACGGGGAUUCUGGAGUAAGUUCCGCAUGGCAAAAUCCUGCAGCAGAACCUGGAAAAGCAGACUGGGAGCUUGCCCUCGUGGAGACUGCUAGCAAUCUCUCAAAGCAGAAGGCUGCAAUGGGCGGGGGAUUGGAUCCAUUACUACUGAAUGGCAUGUAUGAUCAAGGUGCAGUGAGGCAGCAGGUUAAUGCCCAGGCGAGUGCAGGGAGUGCGAGUAGCGUGGCCUUGCCGGUGCCUGGACGAGGUGCUGCUCCUGUGCUUGCCCUUCCCGCGCCUGAUGGCACGGUUCAGACAAUCGGGCAGGACCCUUUCGUUGCAUCCCUCAGUAUCCCAGCACCUUCCUAUGUUCAGAUGGCGGAGAUAGAGAAGAAACAACAGUUGUUAGUCCAAGAGCAGCUCGUCUGGCAGCAGUACUCCAAGGAUGGUAUGCAGGGCCAACCAAGCUUGGCCAGGAUCAAUAACACCUUCAUGGCCAACCCCACAAUGCCCUACGGAAUGCCGGCUGCCUACAACACCGCAGGCGGAUACUACUAUCCGACCUAUUGAAUCUUGUUCCUUCUCAAUUCUGUGCUUUGCUUCGCUUCAGUUUUACUUUAAUGUUCAUCUCCCUUCCUUACAUAUGUAUUAACUAUUGUUUGUUCCAUGUAUUAUGUUGAGCUGAGAGACUCUCUUCUGGUGGCGUAUCUUGUGCGAGCCUCUCGAUCGAGUGCUCUCCGUCCGAACUAUUCUUUGUUUCAUUAGACUGUGCAACCUAUACUUUGUUUCAUUA